UACAGAGAACAGUGUCUGCCCGGCAUGGAAGCAGGGAGGCCGAGCAGGAGGCUGGCUCUGGCCCAGCCGAGAGAGGAUGGUGGCUCGGCUGGGGUGGAGGCGCCAACUCAGGAGGGAAGCAGGAUGCAGGGGCCUCUGGCGGGAGGAGUGAGGGGAAGCGCAGACCAAGCAUCGCUCCAAGUUUGCGGGCCUGCGGAUCACAGCGCAACGUGGGUCGGACCAUCAUCCCACAUCCCUCCACUGAGAUCGGGACGCCGGAGGGAAAACAGGGUGCAGAGGGGAUGCUGCUUAAAGCCACGUGGACCGGAGGAGGUCACCCAGGAAAGGGCUGAAGGCGGACACCUGAGCUCUGAGGUAGCAGGCGACACAGGUCAGCCUAAGGGACAGCUGGCCUCCAGACCUGACUGGACGUCGACAGCACAGAACACAGGCUGCCCUCUGCCUGUCAAAGACACAGUGACUGGUGAUUUCUGUGAACAGCAAGAAACCAUGCGAACCAAAGUUUCUGUCAGCAGAUGGGAUGCAGCAGGUGGCCUCCUGGAACACGGAAAGAUGAUAAGACGACAGUUAGUCACACACCUCUGUCUGACUGCUACCGGCCUCUCCCUUCACCUAGACGACCGUGUGGGCCACAUUCUGACGGAACUUCUUGAGUCUCACCUGAUAGACGGAGCCAACAUCACCUCCAUCCUGCGCUGCUCGGGGACUUCAGUAAGAUGCAGCAUGCAGCGCCCACCUCAGCGCUCGCCACGCUAGGCACUGAAUAAACCUCUGCUCUUGGGAGCAAGGCUGGCUGGAGGCCUCCUCCUGGAUGCCGAGGUCCCGGGCAUCCAGGCCCCGAGCCCUGACAGCUCUCCCUCCCACCCGGCGCGGGAUCCUCCUGCAUCUAGUCGGCGGGAAGGCCCCCUCUGGUUAUUUUGUUGAGUGUGUUUCUCGUGCUUUGAUUCUUGGAAAAAGGAGUGGCUCCAGCAGGCCUGGGUGCCCCUGGCAGUCUCCCGACGCUCAGCGUCGCCCAGCUGGGCUGCACCGUGAGCACCCUGCUUCUGGGAGCCUGGGAAGGCCCCGGUGCUCUGGCCAGUGUCUGGGUGUGCUGGCCCUGGUCUGCUCACUCAUUUGAAUGUCCUGAUGUUAAGGACAAAUACAAAUUAAAAAUAAGAGGCUUAAUUCUCUGGGUUGAAAUUAAGGGAAAGAUUUCCCUUCUCUCUUUAUUUCUCACAGAAUUUACCUUAGAAACCUUGCCGUUGUGAGCACUUUUUCAUCUCUCUGUAACGCACCCCUUUGAAGACUAGAUAGGCCUACUGUCAGCUUUAGGACCCCGCAACCCGAGGGCCCCUUUCUGCAAUGCAAGCCUGGAGAAACAGCGCCCCCACCUCUGGGUCCUGGGCAGGGCCCCGACAGUACCUGGGGAAGCCUUGCUCUAACACCAGAGCCACCGCCAGACACAGGGACCUCAGGCUUGCCUUUCCUCUGGGUACAGCCAGGAGGCUGACUCAGAGAGUCACCACAAUGUCCAGGUGAAGUUAGGAUGAACUAUGUGUGACAAACAGAGCUGGACAAGCCUCUCACUGACAGGCUGGUUACUGUUUAUCCCGCGAACAGGGGGUGGGCUGCAUCUGCUUGGCUAUGGAA